CAAGAAAAAGGAUGAAUUUUCGAGCAUUAUUCAUGAUUUUUAUUAUGCUUUCUACCAAUUUUAAAGAAUUAGUAGAAUCCAAGCGAGGAAAAAGAGGAGAUGGGAAGGGAGGCAGGAAAGGUCGACAAGUGCUUGUUGAGCCCGUAAUGAAUGAAAACACGCUUCGUUGUCCGUCGUGUGAAAAACUUCAUUGCCUCAAACGAAAUCCCAAAAAACUUAACUGCAAAGGCGGAAUUACAACAGACGUAUGUGGAUGUUGCCCACGUUGCGCAAAACUAGAUGGAGAAUCAUGUGGGGGACAACACGAAUAUCUUGGAAAAUGUGACCGCGGUUUGCUUUGUGAACCCGAACCCCUCACCCCACAUAUUACGAUGAGGACGUCUGCGCCGAGUAUAGAAAUGUCAUCAACAACACCUACAAUGAAAGAUGGAUGGAAAGGAAGAUGCAGAGCAAUGGAUAAAGUAACGGUAGACACUGAUCCAAGAGAAGGGUUACCAAAAUCAGAAUCGUGUCAACCGGAAUGCUCGGCAGAUUUUUGUUUGGAGAAUCCAAAGGCAAUCUGUUCUGCCAGGAACGCCCUGAUUGAAAGUCAGGAUUGUCAAGGAAAUUGUCAACACACAGCCUGCAGUGCAUGCUUUUUUCAAGAAGAACCACCUUGCCCAAAGUGUGGAACAAAUGACUUUUCGUGUAUAAAAAAAUUUGCCAAGUGUACAAAGAAAAAAACAACCUGUAAAAGAAAUAAAUUUCCGUGCAAAAAACAAAAGCUGAGACUUUCGCAUUUACGAAAACAAGUCAUCAAGGUUGAACCACAGGUGUUUGAGGAUCAGUCACCCGGACAGACCCAUUCCUCAAAAAGCUCAAGAGGGGAAAUUCUUAUGCUGGGUUCCGAAGUGUCUGGUAUGAAUAAAGAACAUUCUGAAAUGGCUGCUGAAUUAGGACGGAGAUAA